GGGGCUGUCCUUGCAGGUUGGAGCAGGAAUGGGCUCCAAAGCCAAGGCCAUUGCCGGUCUCCUGGCAGCCACCUGUGUCUGCAGUGUCAUCGCCCUCAUUCUGAGCGUCGUGAAUGUCAAGGAUGUGCUUCUUCCCCCCAGCACCAAGUACGGUCUGGUGUUUGAUGCUGGCUCCACACACACGUCCCUCUACAUCUACCGGUGGGCUGCAGACAAGGAGAACGGCACCGGCAUUGUGUCCCAGGUGGAGGCCUGCUCUGUGGCCGGACCCGGCAUCUCCAGCUACGCCGAUGAGCCUGCAGGGGCUGGCGCCAGCCUGAAGCCUUGCCUGGACAAGGCCAUGAAGAUCGUCCCGGCCGAGCAGCAGCGGGAGACCCCCACGUACCUGGGGGCCACGGCCGGCAUGCGGCUGCUGAGGGAGGAGAACAGCACCAAGGCCCAGCAGGUCUUGGCCGAGGUGUCCAAGGCCAUCGGGGAGUAUCCCGUGCAUUUCCGCGGAGCUCGGAUCCUGACGGGCAGCGAGGAGGGCUCCUUUGGCUGGAUCACUGUCAACUACCUGCUGGAGACCCUGCUCAAGUUCUCGUUUGCAGAGCAAUGGGAACAUCCCCGGGACACCGAGGUUCUGGGAGCUCUGGACCUUGGCGGUGCCUCGACGCAGAUCACCUUCCAGCCCGGGGUCCCUGUGCAGGACAGGAACACGUCCGUGUUCUUCCGGCUCUACGGCACCAACUACUCCCUGUACAGCCACAGCUACCUGUGCUACGGGCAGAGCCAGGCCCUGAAGAUGCUGCUGGCAGCUCUGCACCAGGCCAGCUCGAGUGCCCAGAUCUCCCACCCCUGCUACCCGCGGGGGUACCGGGAGAACCUCACUGUGGCAGAGCUGUACGACAGCCCCUGUGUGCGUGCACCGAGCUCAGCCAGCCCUGGCCUGGUCCUGACGGUGACAGGGACAGGGGAGCCAGGCGCGUGUGGCAGGGCCAUCCAGAGUCUCUUCAACUUCAGCUGCGGGGCAGAGCGGCCGUGCGGCUUCAAUGGGGUGUAUCAGCCCCCCGUGCGGGGACAGUUCUUUGCUUUUGCUGGGUUCUACUACACCUUCCACUUCCUGAACCUGACCCGUCAGCAGUCUCUGAGUGAGGUCAACACCACAGUCCAGUCCUUCUGCAGGAGGAACUGGACAGAGCUGGUGCAGAGCUUCCCGCAGGAUUUGAAGCACCUGCACACCUACUGCUCCGUGGCCAUUUACAUCCUGACACUGCUGCUCGAUGGCUACAAGUUCAACGAGCACACCUGGAGCAACAUCCACUUCAGCAAGCAGGCAGCAAACACUGACAUUGGCUGGACACUGGGCUUCAUGCUGAACUUCACCAACAUGAUCCCUGCCGAGGCUCUGCAGCACGUCAAGGGCCACCAGCCCGGCCUGUGGGCAGGGGCUGUCUCCUUCCUCGUGCUGGCCAUCCUGGCAGGCCUGGUGGCUGUUUUCCUACAAUGCUUCUGGAAAACAAAGUAGCUCCCAGCCUCCUGACUACAGGCAUCCUGCCCACUGAAGCAGGGAGUUGAUGCAGAAGAGGUGGAAAGUGAAGAAUGAAGGCGUUAGACCCAUCUCCAUUGCUCAGGACAUCUGACUGGGUCAUCUCUGUGAAUGUGGAAGAUGACAAAGGUGUAUUGAUCUCUCUCCAAGAGGAAGAAGACUCCUUUAAUCUGACUGCCAAAAGCUGAUUGAGACUUGCUGGCUGGAUGAAGCCAGAAAAACUCAAACUAGAAAUAAAAUCAUAUAAAAUUUGUUUUUCAAAUAUGAA